AUGGAGGCUGAGAAGAAGUACAUGACCUCUGAGGAGCUGAAGGGUCACAACAAGAUGGGGGAUUUGUGGAUCUCCAUUCAAGGUAAGGUGUACAAUGUGUCUGAUUGGGUGAAGGAGCACCCUGGCGGUGAUAUUACCAUUUUGAACCUUGCUGGCCAGGAUGUCACAGAUGCAUUCAUAGCUUACCAUCCUGGCACGGCAUGGUCACACCUUGACAAAUUCUUCACUGGCUACUACCUGAGUGAUUUCAAGGUCUCAGAGGUGUCCAGGGACUACAGAAAGCUCGCAUCUGAAUUUUCCAAAAUGGGUCUCUUUGACACAAAAGGGCAUGUCACUUCCUACACCCUCGCAGCUGUUGCUGCUAUGUUCCUCAUUGUGCUAUAUGGUGUGUUGAGGUGCACUAGUGUGUGGGCUCAUUUGGGCUCAGGCAUGCUGCUAGGGCUUCUCUGGAUGCAAAGUGCUUAUGUUGGUCAUGAUUCUGGCCACUAUGUGGUUAUGACAAACAAUGGUUACAACAAGGUUGCACAGGUCCUCUCUGGGAACUGCUUGACUGGAAUAAGCAUUGCUUGGUGGAAGUGGACUCACAAUGCUCACCACAUUGCCUGCAACAGCCUCGACCAUGACCCUGAUCUGCAGCACAUGCCGGUUUUCGCUGUGUCCUCUCGCUUCUUCAAUUCAAUAACUUCUCAUUUCUAUGGGAGGAAGUUGGAGUUUGAUUACUUUGCCAGGUUCUUGAUCUGUUACCAGCAUUUUACUUUUUACCCGGUUAUGUGCAUUGCCAGAGUCAACUUGUAUUUGCAGACAAUUCUACUCUUGUUUUCAAAACGUAAAGUGCAGGACAGAGCCUUGAACCUGAUGGGGAUCCUUGUGUUCUGGACUUGGUUCCCUCUUUUGGUGUCUUGCCUACCAAAUUGGCCAGAGAGGGUUAUGUUUGUUCUUGCUAGCUUUUCUGUUUGUUCCAUUCAGCACAUUCAGUUCUGCCUGAACCACUUUGCUGCAAAUGUAUAUGUUGGGCCACCUAGUGGGAAUGACUGGUUUGAGAAGCAGACAAGUGGGACAUUGGAUAUCUCUUGCUCCUCUUGGAUGGAUUGGUUCUUUGGUGGCCUGCAGUUCCAGCUUGAGCAUCAUUUAUUUCCAAGGCUACCUAGGUGCCAAUUGAGGAAGAUUUCACCUUUGGUUAGUGACCUUUGCAAGAAGCAUAAUUUGCCUUAUAGGAGCUUGUCAUUCUGGGAGGCCAAUCAGUGGACAAUUAGGACCCUCAGGACUGCUGCCCUCCAGGCCAGGGACUUGAGCAACCCUGUCCCUAAGAAUUUGUUGUGGGAAGCUGUUAAUACCCAUGGCUGA